CGCCUCCAAAACUUUCCAAACCCUUUUCUCUCUCUCUCUCUCUCUCUCUCUCUCUCUCUCUCUCUCUCUCUCUCUCUCCCCCUCCCUUUUUAUUUCUCUCCUUUUUAUCGUUCAACAUUUUGCAAAAGAAUCCUUUCAAGCUGGCGAUCGAGGAUCAAGAAACCACCGUCCGGGAAUUCAAGCCCAAGAACCGGCGAAUCAUGGGAGCCGGAGGGCCAGAGGACGAAGACAACAGGUGGCCGCCAUGGCUGAAACCUCUGCUGAAGGAGAGAUUCUUCGUCCAAUGCAAGCAACACGCCGAUUCCCACAAGAGCGAAUGCAACAUGUACUGCUUGGAUUGCACUAAUGGCGCCCUCUGCUCUCUCUGUUUAUCCCACCACAAAGACCACAGAGCCAUUCAGAUAAGGAGGUCUUCUUACCACGAUGUGAUCAGAGUGAAUGAGAUUACAAAGUAUUUGGACAUCUCCUCUGUCCAGACAUACAUUAUCAACAGUGCCAAAGUCGUCUUCUUGAAUGAACGCCCGCAGCCCAGGCCCGGUAAAGGCGUCACCAAUACCUGCGAAGUUUGCGAGCGCAGCCUCCUCGAUUCUUUCCGCUUCUGUUCUCUGGGCUGCAAGAUUGUUGGAACAUCCAAGAACUUCGUGAGAAGGCCGGAGAAGAAGAGGGCGGCGGCGGCGGUGGGGGGCUCGGAUUCGGAGGAGUCGUACAGCAGCAGCAGCCGUGGCAGGGCGGCGGCGGCGGCGGCGCAGCAGGGGAGCAAAAUACAGAGCUUCAGUCCAUCGACGCCACCGCAAACUUCUGUUAAUUACAGAACUGCCAAGAGAAGAAAGGGUAUUCCGCACAGGGCCCCGAUGGGAGUGCUGAUAAUUGAGUACUGAGAUUUGCUCUUCGCCCCUCGAUAUAUCUCAUAAUUAUGCCAAACCCCCCCUACAUUAUACUGUUUUCUAGUUUUUUACCCCGACACUAGUGCUUUUUGUUCACCCCGAAGGCCAGUGUUAAAUAUGCCUUCUUCCUUCCAUUAGCCGCCGUAUAUGUUUGUACAUAUAGUAGAAGCCGCCGCCGCCGCUAAUAGUAUAUGUGGAAAAUGCAGGGAGCAGAAAUGGAAAUAAAGCAUUGUGCAAGGACCUAUGUCUAAAUACUCUAUAGGUACAACUUUGGGCUAUGAAAAUAAAUAAAGCAUAUAUAUCUAAUGUACAAAUAUAGCUUGAAUGUGAAAUGUCAGUUAUGACCUUCUAGAGUGUUUAUACAUAUAAAGUUUUAGUAAUUUC